AGGAUGCCUCCACGCACUUUCGACACGCUUUUGCACCUUUUGAGACCUCACAUUCAAAAGAAGGACACCAACUUCCGCAAGGCAAUCACUGCCGAGCACCGACUUGUACAAACUUUGCGAUUCUUGGCUGCUGGGGAAACGCUCCGCUCUUCGUCCUUCAAUUUUUUAGAUGGGCGUUCGACAGCAUGCGAGAUUGUGUCAUCAGUGUGCCAGGCGCUGUGGGACGUACUUGGCCCUGUAUAUGUUGCUCGUCCAUCAAGUGCAAGCGAGUGGCUACAGAUAGCAAGAGAGUUCGAGGAGCGUUGGAACAUGCCCCACUGUGUGGGCGCAAUUGAUGGGAAACAUGUUGCCAUCGAAUGCCCUGCCAAAUCGGGAAGUGUGGACUACAACUACAAGAGCUUUUUCAGCAAAUCGAUGCUCGCCGUCUGCGAUGCAUGCUACAGGUUUCUCUACGUUGAAGUGGGGCACCAUGGGAGCGAUUCAGAUGGCGGAGUCUUCGGCCAAAGCAAGCUGCAUGACAUUAUUCUUUCAAAGAAUGAAGGAUUUCCCCCUGAUGCACCGCUGGGCAACAUUGGCCAGAUUCCCUUUUACCUGGUGGGAGAUGAAGCAUUCCCUCUGAAGACGUACUUGAUGCGGCCGUAUCCACGCAAAAGCAAGUCUGCAACCGUUCUUUGCUACAAGUGCUGA